UGCGCGUUGUUUCUAGUCGGACAUAAUAACAAACUCGCUGCUAACUGCAGACGCAGUUAGCUUGUGGUUUUAAUACAUGAAUCUAUUAAAAUGAGGGACACUUAAAUCUUAUUAUGGAUAAGCGACACAAGGAACUACUGAGGAAACACAGACUAUGGCUGUCCGAGCAGCUCCUAGUGUCCGAAACUGUCGUGCAGUUUUUAUAUCAAGAAGACAUUUUAACCCAGGCUCAGGUAGAGGAAAUCGAGUGCCAGACUAGUAACAAGCAGAAAGUGUUGAAGCUGCUGGACAUCCUGCCUGCCCGCGGUCCCCAGGCCUUCCACUCGUUCCUCCAAUCUCUGGACGAAUUCAGCUGGGUCCGAGACACACUGCGGAGAGACUUACACAGCCAGCCCGGUCCAGCACUCGGCUCUGCAGAUGAUGUUUGUAUCAAUGACCACAUCCUCCACAGAGUACCCACAGACCGCGAGCUGUCCCGUAUCGCGACUCUCCUCGGGGGGCAGUGGGAGGCUGUGCUGUUGGACCUGGACCUCACUGCAGAGGACUUAUACCGUUGCCGUUCUGACCACCCGCUAGAUGUGCAUGGGGCAGCUUUAGAUGGGCUGGUGCAGUGGAGGAGGGCACAAGGGAAGAGGGCAACUGUCCAGCAGCUGAUCAAGAGUUUAAAGGCAGCAGAUAUCCAUGCAUCUAUGCUCCUGGACGCCCUACACUAAGAAUUUUAUCUUUAAAUUCUAUUAGGAAUGGGUUGGGCCUGAUAAAUUCUGUUUGGGUGUGUUGCCAGAAACCAUAUUGUAUAAUAGUUAUGUCUUUAGGCAUGGCACUUAACCCACCUUGACUCCAUGUUCACUGUACACUGGUAAAUGUGAGAGCGAAUGCGGGACGUAUUAAUGGAUUAUAGUGGACUACACUAUAGGCCUAUGGUGUAUUUACAUCAUCUUUAUCUUGUAUGUCCAUUAACAUGCACUGUCUCGACAAAACAAACAAUAAUGUUAGUGUAACUCUAAAGCAGUAACAUCUCCUUGGAGAAAAGCAUGUUGUAGACCCCACUACAAAUAGCUUCAAAAAAGCAUUGUUUUUGUAUGUCUAAUGAGGAGUUUCUUUCCUUCUCUGAGCAAAGUUUACUGACAUGACAUUGAUACACCUUUGGAAAGCUGAAAUACUGCAAAUAAAAGCCACACAAAGUAACAAAGGCUGCUCUGACUGUAUUUAAUUCUUCAACAGUCUGUAGAGGUUGAGUUGCUGCCUAGGAUCUGCUUUCUGGUCGCGUCAGGCUUUUUUUAAGGUGGCCCCAAAAAGUAUCUACACCAGCCAUAAAAACAACAAUGUUUCAGCACAAGUUUAGACCUCUGCAAGUUGGUUGAAAUCUGCUAAUUUAAGUUUUCCACUUGUACAGUGUCUCUCAGCAAACCCAAAGAAAACAGUUCUUUUGCAUGACUGGGCAACUUCAUGUGAGUCCUGUGAGUUUCUCAGAAAGCUGUGAACACUGAGCUUUAUAUUCACACUUAUUCCAAGAACUGGCAAAGUAUUUACAGGCUUCUACUGCUAAGACUUUUAUUAUACUGCGCCUACACUCUGGGACACAUAGUUUCACUUACUUUGUUUACAUGGAACCGCUGUAACUUUUAACUGUUUAACUAGAUAGAUUUUUAUUGGAAAAGUAAGUAG